UAUAUUAUGUAUAGACAUUUAUAUCGAAAUCCAACCAUCUUAUCAAAGAUUCUUAUUAAAGAGUACACUAACCUUAAAAGUGAAGAAUUAGCUUUCAGAUAUGCAGCAUUAGCUAAAUUACGCACUUAAGAAUUAGAAUUCGAAGCUCUCCAUCAAUUAGAUCCAGUCGAAUAAUGGGAUAUUAGUAAAAUGUCUUUGUUACCUCAAAUAUUCACUUUACUUACUAAUCUACAUAGAGCCACUCGUUCUGAUUCCUUGAUUUCCUACCCUUAAGUUGAAGCAGUCAAUCGUAUUACAGCCUUAUUAGAUCCAAAUAUGUUCCCUAUAUAAGAUCUGUCUCUAAAAUUACAUACUUCUGAUAGUGUGACCAUCUGGGAUAAAUCAAAGACAUAAAGAGUGACUAAGAAUUUAGGAUUCAAACUUAAUCUUAAAGAAAGCACUAUAGAUCAUUCCGAUGCAGGUCAAGGAGUUUUCUUAGAAACUCUUCCAGCAAACAAAAGGCUGUUACUUAUUUUAUUUUAAGUGUUCCUGCAGGUACCCUCUUAGGCUUUGUACCAGGUGUGAUCUAUGAUAACUAUUAAUCAUAUGGUGAAAAGACCCCUCCAGACAUGCAUUUCUUUAGAUUCGAUGGACCCAUCUUUGAUUUCACAUCUAAAAUUUAUUACCCUUAUCUUCCAGGCUAUGGGUAUGAUGAAUAUGAACAAAAAAUACAAGAAUUACAAGAUGUUGCUGCUAGAUCUAAUAGACCUUAUAGAAAUAAAUAAAAAGGAGGAUUUGAAUUAAUCAAUGGAGAAGACAUUAAUCCCUAUGCAUUAGGACAUAAAAUCAAUCAUACUCCAAGAAAUAAAUCUACUAAUGUAUGUUUAAUUGAUAUUUUUGUUCCUUAAAGCUUCUUUCCAUAAGAAUUAAUGAAAUUUUGGCCAACUUAAUAUUUCUCCACAACUUAAGAUUUUCUUUAAAAUAAGUCUCUUCUUGAUCAUCAUUACAAAAAUCAUAUUAGAGGUCUAGGAUUCAUUAGUGUUACUGAUAUUUAAGAUGGAGAAGAAUUAUUCUUAGAUUACUUAGAAUCCUGUCUUUUUAAUAUGGAAAUUGAAUCACCUGAUUGGCUUAUUAAACCACCUCCAUUGCAUCCAUAAAUUUGUAAAUGCAAUCUCAGAUAAGAAAGUUUAUUGAUGAUGCUUUUAGAGGAUUAUGCCUUUUCAUAAACUAAAGAUGGAAAAAACUUUGAUAAAUUUUAUAAGAGUAUUUUAAGAGAAAAUCCACAAUAUCUAUGA